UGCAAGAUACACGGCAGAAGAGUUGGCAACCUCACCCCAAGUGAUUCAAUCCCUCAAAACACUACUCUGCUUUUCUAUGCCAACAUGGCCUCUCUUCUUCAGCCAAAAACAUUGACUAAAAUUGUGUAGAUUUAUUGUGAUUAGUUUCUGGUGUUUUUUGUUUUGAGCUCUGAAGGAGGAGGAAGAUCAUUGAAAUGGCUGCCGGUGGUGUUGGUGUGUCUGUUACUACUCCGGCAGGUGUGGCCAAGGAGAGAGCAGAGGAGUACCAGGGGAAGGUCACCGUUUAUGUGGUGGUUGCAUGUAUUAUUGCCGCCACGGGCGGCGCUCUAUUCGGCUAUGACAUUGGAAUUUCAGGGGGUGUGACAUCAAUGGAUGCAUUUCUCAAGAAAUUCUUCAAGACAGUCUAUAUUAAAAAGCAGCAUGCACAUGAAAGCAAUUACUGCAAGUAUGACAACCAAGGGCUUGCAGCAUUUACUUCCUCUCUUUACCUUGCCGGAAUGGUGGCAUCUGUUGUGGCGUCGCCCGUUACUAGGAAUUAUGGGCGUAAGGCAAGUAUAAUCUGUGGUGGGAUCAGCUUUCUUAUUGGAGCAUCUCUAAAUGCUGGAGCCGUUAACCUGGCAAUGCUCAUCUUUGGUAGGAUCAUGCUUGGCGUCGGCAUUGGAUUUGGAGAUCAGGUUGUUCCACUUUAUUUAUCAGAGAUGGCACCAACCCAUGUUCGAGGAGGCCUAAACAUGACGUUUCAACUGGCAACAACCUUGGGGAUCUUUACCGCUAACAUGAUCAACUAUGGAACACAGAAGCUUGAACCAUGGGGCUGGAGGCUCUCUUUGGGCCUUGCUGCUGUACCAGCUCUGCUGAUGACAGUCGGAGGAAUAUUUAUCCCUGAGACACCUAACAGCAUGAUUGAAAGAGGAAAUACAGAGAAAGGAAGGGACAUCCUAGAGAAAAUUAGAGGCACUGAGAAUGUCAGUGCUGAGUUCCAGGAUAUGAUGGAUGCCAGUGAGUUGGCCAAUUCAAUCAAACAUCCCUUUAGAAACAUUCUUAAGAGAAGGAACAGGCCACAACUGGUUAUGGCAAUCUUAUUGCCGGCUUUCCAGAUCCUCACAGGCAUAAACUCCAUUCUCUUCUAUGCUCCAGUGUUGUUCCAGAGCAUGGGAUUUGGAGGAAAUGCUUCACUUUAUGCUGCAGCUUUGACCGGAGCCGUUCUAUUUUUAUCUACACUUGUUGCCAUAGCAACAGUGGAUAGACUGGGUCGAAGAAUUUUGCUCAUCAGCGGUGGGAUACUGAUGAUUACCUGCCAGGUUAUAGUUGCCAUCAUCUUGGCAGUCAAGUUCGGCAACAACCAAGAGUUGACAAAAGGGUUCUCCAUACUGGUGGUGGCUUUCAUCUGCAUCUUUGUGUUUGCUUUUGGGGUGUCAUGGGGUGGACUAGGCUGGACAAUUCCGAGUGAGAUAUUUCCAUUAGAAACGCGAUCAGCGGGACAGAGCAUUACAGUUGCUGUCAACCUUUUAUUCACUUUCAUCAUAGCCCAGUCUUUCCUUGCCCUUCUUUGUGCAUUCAAAUUCGGAAUCUUCCUCUUUUUUGCUAGCUGGAUUACUGUCAUGACCGUCUUUGUUUAUGCCUUUCUUCCUGAAACCAAAGGAGUUCCUAUUGAAGAGAUGAUACUUCUAUGGAGGAAGCACUGGUUCUGGAAAAAAAUAGUUGCCGAGCAUCAAGGAUUUCACGAGAGCAACGGCCGGCAAACCAAUCAAACAGAGUUGAGCGCAACAAUCACAUAGCACACAGGUUCAGCAGCAUACUUCAAGGGAAAUUUCAAAUACUUCACAAACCUAUUCUCUCAUUAUAACUUAAUGUAGUCAUCAACUAUCCUUUGCCUUAUCGAAACUGUGUGACUGGAAUACCAUGAGCAAAAAAAAUUCCCACGAAUCCCAUGGAUAGAUCAUGUCAGAGAACAACCCAGGUUUAAUUUCUUUCUGAAUAAUGUAUAUAACUCUGAUUUGUUCUUUAGGAAUGGACUGAUUUGGCUUGUUUACCACAAAUAAUGUACACUAUUUGGUAAA